AGUUUAUAUAAUACUUUCAAGAGGCAGCGUUUUUUUUUAAGUUUCUGGUGAAAUUUCAAAUGCGAGUGAUAGAAUUAAGUAAACGAGAUUUAGUGGGUGUUGAUGCCGCGUGGUUGUAAUUUUCCUUUAUUAUGAUCGCAUAGUGUUGUUGCCAAAACAAUGGUGAUUCGUCUUUACUGGUUGCCAAUUUUGGAAUUUAUUUGUUUGUGUCUCGAGCAAGCUAUCAGGUGAUAAGUGAUUGAUAAAAAAGUGUUCAAUCAAAAGGUUUGAUAACAAGUGGACUUCUAUUCCGUCUAACAUCGGGAAUAGUUUAUUCGCGGCGCGCAUGUAAUUUACUUCUAUAUUCUCAAUUAGCAGCGGGAAUUGAAGUGAAGUGAAGUGAAUUUAUAAUUUUGUAAAACCACAGUAAUAAAAUACUACAGACCGGAAUAAACCACGUAAUGUAAUCUCAAAACAACGUAAUUCUUCCUAAGCAAAAAGUUAACGAAUGUUAAUCAAUCAAAAUACCCAACGCAGUAUUGGAAAUUAAAAUAAAUAUUUAAGAAAAAAAGAGAAAAAAACAAAUAUAAUUUUCUGCUUAAUAUCACAAACUAAUCUAUGCAUGCUGUAAGUGAUAUCCAGUCUCCAAUUAGUGGAUAAUGUAAGAUGGCCAAACAUAGUCAACAUGUGGAACUGGUCUGGAUUAAACCCAGAGAGGAGCAUGAGUUCAGUGUCCCAAUCGGGUGUCAGGUGAUACGAUCAGAGAGAAAUAAGACUCUCGUUCGGGAUGACGAUGGAAAAGAAUUCUGGAUUCCUGAAAAGGACAUCCUCAGAACAAUGCAUAUAACAUCGCAAAAAGAUGUGGAUGAUAUGAUCACUCUAGGCGACUUACAGGAAUAUGCUAUUUUAAGGAAUCUUCACGUCAGAUAUAAUAAAAAACAGAUUUAUACCUACACCGGUGCCAUGUUAGUAGCUAUCAAUCCUUAUGAAGUACUUCCAAUUUACACAAAUCGAGAGAUUGCACUCUAUCGUAACAAAAAAAUUGGUCAACUGCCACCCCAUAUUUUCGCAAUAGGAGACAACGCCUUUCAAGAAUUGAGACGUGAUUCGAUGAAUCAAUGCAUUGUCAUUAGCGGAGAGUCUGGUGCUGGAAAAACUGAAAGUACCAAAUUAAUCCUUCAAUAUCUGGCGGCCAUAAGUGGAAAACAUUCGUGGAUUGAACAACAAAUUAUUGAAGCCAACCCCAUUAUGGAAGCAUUCGGGAAUGCUAAAACAAUACGAAAUGAUAACUCGUCACGGUUUGGCAAAUAUAUCGAGAUUCAUUUUGACGAGAAUAACGCUAUCAAGGGUGCGAAAAUCGAGCAUUAUCUAUUGGAGAAGUCGAGGAUUGUAUCCCAAAAUAAAGAUGAGAGAAAUUAUCAUAUAUUUUACGCUAUGUUAGCGGGGCUUACUCGGGAGGAAAAGAAGAAACUGGAGUUAGAGGAUGCAUCAAAGUAUAACUACCUGUCGCAAGGUGGUUGUCUUGUUUGUGAAGGAAGAGAUGAUGCCACGGAUUUCGCUGAUAUUCGGUCUGCGAUGCAAGUGCUUUCGUUCUCCCCUGAGGAAGUCUGGAGUAUUCUCAGUCUCCUGGCCGCCCUAUUGCAUCUGGGAAAUUUGAAAAUCAAAGGAGUUGUAAUUCAAAACAUGGACUCCUGUGAAGUCAAUGAUCAUACUAACGCAGGGAAGGUCGCGUCACUGUUGGGAAUAACAAAGCAGUCACUUUGUGAGGCUUUGACACGUAAAACGAUUUUUGCACAUGGCGAUCGUGUAGCAACUUCAAUUUCAAAGGACACUGCAAUCGAAGGACGUGAUGCUUUUGUGAAGGCCAUUUAUGGUAGAAUAUUUCUGAGAAUCGUGAAUCGAAUAAAUGAUACUAUUUUCAAAAUUAAACCCAACGAUAAUGUUCGCACCAUUGGUGUUUUGGAUAUAUUCGGUUUUGAGAAUUUUCUUCUGAAUAGCUUUGAACAACUUUGUAUAAAUUACGCAAAUGAAAAUCUUCAGCAGUUUUUUGUGCAGCAUAUUUUUAAGAUGGAGCAAGAAGAAUAUGCAAGCGAAAAUAUUGACUGGAAAAUUAUUGACUUUGUUGACAAUCAACAAAUUUUGGAUGUUAUAGGCAUGAAACCGAUCAAUAUCAUGUCAUUAAUUGAUGAAGAAUCUAAAUUUCCUAAAGGAACGGAUCUAACUCUAUUGGAUAAACUCCAUUUGACCCAUGGAAAACGGACAAUUUAUCUUAAACCUAAAUCAUCACAAACAUCCCAUUUCGGUAUUCAACACUACGCCGGAGUUGUAUAUUAUAAUCCAAAUGGUUUCCUUGAGAAAAAUCGUGAUUCCUUUAGUUUGGAUUUCAAAGAAAUGAUCGCUCAAUCAUGUAAUAAAUAUUUGAUUGAUCUAUUUUUACCGGAGGGGCUUAAAGAUACAGGAAAAAAAUCGGUGACUCUAUCAGUGCAAUUCCGAAAUUCACUGGAUUCACUUAUGAAGACUUUAUCGGCGUGUCACCCUUUCUUCGUAAGAUGCAUUAAACCCAAUGAGACAAAGCAAGCAAACUACUUUGAUCGUGGUCUCUGUGUUCGCCAACUUCGAUAUUCUGGAAUGAUGGAAACAACGAAAAUUCGUCAAGCAGGAUAUCCUAUUCGUCACAAAUACAAAGAAUUCGUACAACGAUAUCGGCAUCUAGUACCUGGAAUCGGACCUGCACAUAAAGUUAAUUGCAAGGAUGCCACCGAAAAAAUCUGCAGAUUGAUUUUAGGCAACAAAUGUGAUUUCCAGUUGGGUUUAACAAAAGUCUUCCUCAAGGAUAUCGAUGAUGUGCGGCUUGAACAAGAACGAGAACGAGUUUUCUUGAAGUUCAUAUUAGUAAUACAGCGAGGUUUUCGACGUCUCAUUUUUAAGCGGUGGCUUGAGCGACACCGCAAAGCUGCGAUUAUAAUUCAAAGGGCAUGGAGAGGAUAUGCGAGCCGCUGUGAGUAUUCGAUGGUUAAACAAGGAUUCUUACGGCUGCAAGCGUGUAUUCGGUCUCGACAGCUGUCCUAUCGAUUUGGACUUCUUCGAAGUAGUAUUAGCAUAUUGCAAGCCCAUUCUCGGGGCUUUUUGACCCGCCAACGAUUGAAAGGCAAGCUGAAGCGCCUGCGAGAAAUUUCCAAUCUAAGGAUCACUGAAGAACAAGAAUUCCGUAAAGCUGGUAAUAAAAACUGGAAGGACGAUGCUGAAACUAAUUAUCGAACUCGCCUGAAGGAGCUUACGGGAACGAUUGAAGAGAACGGUAUCGAGGAAAAUGGAAUUUCAACCCCUAGCUCAUAUAAAAUUGAUAUCGACGAGGAUAACAAAGUUGUGGAUGCGGUCUUUGGUUUUUUAGAUGCUACUUCUGAUGACAUCGGCGAUGAAUCUAAAUUUGCUGGAUAUAAAGUGACGUCACGAGGAGGUACCAUCCGUAUUCCAAGACCCAAAAGACAACCUAUCGACAUAUCCGAGUAUAACUUCCAAAAGUUUGCUGUAACAUAUUUCGCCGCAAAUGUAUCUGCGCACUAUAACAAGAGACCUCUAAAAUCAUCAUUGUUAGGCCACCCGCUUCCUUUAGAUGAAAUAUCAUCGCAGUCUAUUUGGAUAACUAUCCUUCGUUUCAUGGGAGACAUGGCUGAAGCUAAAUAUGAAAUUGACGAUGACGAUGAAGAUGGUCCUAGUAAAGUUCCGGUUAUGCAAAGAUUAACUGUGAGCCUUAGUCGAGGAGUUGUGCAAAGUAAGGAAUUUCAGGACGCUUUGAAGUCAAUGAAGGAAGGUAGCGAACAACAACGGCUUGUCAGGAAAACCUUGAAAAGAAAGACCAAACUACCGGAAAUCCUUAAGAAAGCUUUGGACAACAGUGAAGAGGUGGAAUAUUAUCACCAAUGGUUGAGUAUUCGCAGCUCAAAUCUAGAAAAAUUGCAUUUCAUAAUUGGACAUGGGAUACUAAGACCAGAACUGAGGGAUGAAAUCUAUUGUCAAAUUUGUAAGCAAUUGACCAACAACCCCAAUCACACAUCAUUCGCCAAAGGAUGGAUAUUAUUGUCGUUGUGUUUAGGAUGCUUCCCACCAACAGAUAAAUUCCAAAUGUAUCUAAGAAGUUUCCUUCGAUCAGGACCAGAGCUUUAUGCACCUUACUGUGAAAACCGAUUGGAUAGGACAUUAAAGAAUGGGACCAGGACACAACCACCCUCCUGGCUAGAGUUGCAAGCAACCCGUAGCAAAACUCCUAUAAGUUUGAUGAUAAUGCUAAUGGACGGUACUGAGAAGAAGUUACAGGUGGAUUCCGCCUCGACUGCCCGAGAAGCUGUCGCUCAGCUGGCACAAAAUAUUGGCCUUCGAGAUGUCUUUGGCUUCUCUAUUUUCAUAACGCUUUUCGAUAAAGUUAUGUCACUGGGAAAUGGACAGGAACAUAUAAUGGAUGCCAUUUCAAAUUGUGAACAAUACGCCAAGGAACAAGGAAUGAAUGAUAGGAAAGCCCCCUGGAAGCUGUUUUUAAGGAAGGAAGUAUUUGCUCCGUGGUAUAAUCCAGCGGAAGAUGAAUUAGCGACAAAUCUAAUUUACAAACAGGUUACGCGCGGAAUAAAUUUCGGUGAAUAUAGAUGCAAAAGUGACAAAGACAUUGCCAUCAUAGCUUUGCUUCAAUACUACGUUGACCACGGUGCAACAAUGGACCUGCAGAUUUUACGUCAUAGCUUACCACAUUAUAUCCCAAAGGACCUUCUCGCUCCUGGGGAAAGAGCCUUACAGAAAUGGGAAAAACUUGUUGCGGAAGCGUUUGAAACGCAUGACUAUAUUCGAAAUAAGGUACCGAAAAAAUGUGCGAAAGAAGAUAUCUCCAUUUUUGCACAAAUUAAUUGGCCCAUGAUGUUCUCGCGGUUCUUUGAAGCAGUAAGAAAGAGCGGACCGAAAUUAAUUAGUGAUAAUCUCAUCAUAGCAGUUAACUCGACUGGCGUCUAUUUGGUUGACGAAACUGAACAAGUGUUGGCUGAAUUCACAUAUCCUGAGAUUCUUUCGGUAUCUUCAACGGAAGAUGAAAACUCCAACAUUGACGAACUCAGCAUUAAUACCAUCCAGGGAGAAGAUUUUACUUUCAAAUGCUUCGACUCUAAAGAUGUAUCACUUCUAAUCAAUUAUAUUCUAACCAAUUUGAAAGGUCGUUCCCUGUAUGGUGUUGCAACGCAAAAUUAUAGUAAUCCUUCCAACCCGAAAGGUUAUCUUGAAUAUAAUAAAGGAGACCUUAUCAAGUUUGCUAAAGGUACCAGUGGGGUCGAUAUUCUCCGGGACCCAAAAUCAUGGGCUCUCGGUGAAUGUAAUGGAAAAAUAGGCGAGUUUCCAGCGGAAACUGUUUAUGUCUUGCCAGUUAUUAUGGAACCGCCUGAGUUUGUACUGAAACUUUUCAGAGGUGGAGUGACUAAACAGAGAAAAUAUGCUUCGGAAAAUUAUAACACGCUUCAAAGGAAGAAGCUGCAUACCCUAAAGAAAUUCGCAGAUGAACAUUUUAGAACGAAUGCACCGGCUCCACGACUAUCCUACACCAUGCAAGCAGCAAGAACUCGCCCUGAUGAUUUAUGGAAACAUUGCAGGGAUCCUAUCAAAGCUCCACUUCUGCAAAGACUACAGCACAAUCCUGAAUUGUUUGACAAAGCCGUUUCCAUAUUUGGUUAUAUUUUGAAAUACAUGGGUGAUAUACCCAGUGGUCGAUUAGGUGUCAGCACUGAUCUUAUUUUCCGUCCAGCAUUGGAAGAUGAAAACAUACGCGACGAAGUCUAUUGUCAAAUAAUGAAACAAUUGACCGAAAAUAAAGUUCAAAUAAGUGUGGAACGGGGUUGGGAUUUGAUGUGGCUCGCUACAGGAAUUAUGACACCCACAUCAGUAUUACUCAGAGAAUUGAUGGAAUUUUUGAGGACCCGUACAUAUCCGAUUGCUGCAGAGUGCCUCAAGCGCCUUAAAAAGACUUUGAAUGUGGGGAAACGUAAACACCCUCCCCACAUUAUUGAGGUGGAGGCAAUACAGAAGAGGAUUAUGCAGAUAUUCCACAAGAUCUAUUUUCCAGAUGAUACCGUAGAAGCCUUUGAAAUCGAAUCUUCCACCCGUUGUGAAGAUUUAUGUAACAUUAUUGCCAAGCGUCUCAACAUAAAAUCUUCCGAUGGCUUUAGCUUAUUCGUGAAAAUUGCUGAUAAAGCCUUCUCGAUCCCGGAAAACGAUUUCAUUUUCGACUUCAUAAACGAACUUGUCGAUUGGGUGAAGGAGACAAUGCCAUCCAGAAACACUGACCAACAGAUAAACUGCCAAUAUCAAUUGUUCUUCAUGAAGAAGCUAUGGGUCAAUACAGUUCCAGGGAAGGAUAUCAAUGCAGAUAUAAUAUUCUACUUCCCGCAAGAAGUUCCAAAAUAUCUGAAUGGUUACUAUAAAGUGAGCAAGGAAGAAGCAAUCAAAUUUGCCGCGUUUCUAUAUAGAAUUCAGUUCAAAGAUAAUAUGAACCCUCUGCAGCGUCCAGUUGAGAUUCUUUCACGUCUCAUUCCUGAAGAUCUAAUAAGUAUACUUCGGCCGGAAGAUUGGCGAAAGCAGAUAACAAAUGCAUUGAUUUCACUGGGUAAUGUGGAAGCUGACGAGGUUAAAGAACUAUUUCUGCAGAAAAUAUCUAAAUAUUCAAUGUUUGGAUCGACAUUUUUCGUGGUGAAACAAACCAACGACCCACAUUUGCCUGGAACUAUUCUUAUUGCAAUCAAUCGAAAUGGAUUCAACAUACUCGAUCCUAGAUCGAAAGACUUACUGGUGUCCUAUCCAUUUUCGCAAUUGAAUGGCUGGAGCUCAGGGAAUGCAUUUUUCCAAAUUCGGUUUGGAAAUAUGAUUGGUGCAACGAAACUACUUUGUACUACGACACAAGGAUAUAAAAUUGACAAUUUGCUAUCGUCAUAUAUCAAGUACUUGAAAUCUUUUGUAUUAGAAGUUCCAUAAUAUCUCGUUAAAUAUUUAAUGAUCAAUCAAACAGUAAUAAAAUUACAAUACAUAUUAAAUGCGAUUCUUUGUCAUAUAUGCCAUUAAUUGUGAUUAAUAAAUAGACCUG